AUGCGCAAGGAAAAGAUUAUUUUAACGUAUCAUACAAUUACUGACAGUUCAAUAUUUUCUCGAUAUUCUAGUUUUUCUAAACUACAGCGCGUAGUAGCUUAUAUUUUAAGAUUUAAUCAUAAUUCUAGAAAUAAGGAUAAACUAGAUAAGGGUCUUUCCCAUAACGAGUUGGAAAGAGCUACUCUGGUAUUGUGUAAAAUGGUUCAGGCACUGGAGUUUCCAGUAGAACUAGCUCUUUUAUGUCAGAGCAAGUCGAUUCAUAAAAAUAGUAAUAUUUUAUCAUUAGAUCCUUUUAUAGAUAAGGAUGGUCUUAUUAGAGUAGGAGGGCGACUUAAACAUUCAUCUCUAACAUUCGAACAAAAACAUCCUAUUUUGUUGCCCGGAAAACACAUAUUAACAAAGCUUUUAAUAAAACACGAGCAUCAUAAAUGUUUACACGCCGGUAGUCAAUUAAUUCUUGCACGAUUGCGUACUAAAUUUUGGCCAAUUAAUGGUCGUAAUGCUGUUCGCAGUGUAUUAAAGAAUUGCCUCACGUGCUUUAAAACCAAUCCAAAAACAGCGGUUCAAAAAAUGGGUGAUCUACCUGAAUCGCGAAUCACACCUUCUAGGGCGUUUUAUCAUUGUGGCAUUGAUUACACUGGAUUUUACAAUUUAAAAGACGGAAAAUCAAGAACACGGACUUUAGUUAAAUGUUAUUUAUGUAUAUUCGUUUGUCUAGCUACUAAGGCCGUACAUGUUGAGUUAGUUUCCGAUCUUACUACUGAAACAUUUAUGAACGCGUUUAAGAGAUUCGUAUCUCGGAGAGGUCUAUGUCGACAUAUUUAUACUGACAACGGUACUAACUUUGUUGGUGCUCAUAACAACAUGCAAGACGUUUAUAAGAUAUUAAAAAACUUAAACGAUAAUGAAAAGUAUUAUAACUAUUUUAAAGAUCAUAUUAUCGAAUGGCAUUUCAUACCUGCAAGAUCUCCUCAUUUUGGAGGCAUGUGGGAAGCGGCAGUAAAAUCGUUUAAACAUCAUUUAAAACGAGUUGUUACAGAUGCUAGUUUAACGUUUGAGGAAUUUUACACGGUCUUGACUCAAAUAGAGGCGAUUUUAAACUCCAGACCUUUAUCCCCUCUUUCAAAUGACCCUUUAGACCUUUACCCAUUAACCCCAGGACAUUUCUUAAUUGGCGAUGCUCUGGUCUCAGUUCCUCAACAACCAGUAGUUGAUAUACCAUUGAACCGAUUGUCCCACUACAAGAAACUACAACAAAUGGUGCAGAGUUUUUGGAACCGCUGGUCAAAUGAGUAUCUGCAUACCCUACAGCAACGUUCCAAAUGGAAGGAGGACAACUGCAACGCGUUGCCAUCGGCUCGCUGGUUCUCCUCAAGGACGAAAAUCUUCCCCCCAUGA